AUGAUCGUACCAAAUCCCGAGCAACGGUCAUGGGAAGAAGCUUCAGGGAACGUUCGCGACAAGAUGACAGGAGACCAGCGCUUCGUAGUCGCGAGAAAGCAGGAAGGUCGCGGAGUCUCCGGGGCUCAGCGGUCGAGACCCCGCAGGAAUGCAACGCCGGCUCGAAUUAAUAGAUCGAGGGACCCGGGCGAAUUUAUCCGCUUCGUGGCGGCGAGUUUAAAAGCGGCGCGGGUCUCCUUUGCAUCUCGAUCUCUCCGCGGCGCUGGGGGACGUACGCGCAGGCCCCCGUGUGUAUAUACGCUGGAACGUACAGCGUACAGACAUCGUGGCGAACAGAGAAAGAAGAAGCCGAGGAAGCCAGAGGAGAAGACAGAGCGGACGUUCGAGCGGAGAACCAACCGGGAUACGUGGCUACGUAUACGUUCUGCCGAAGAAAAGUCUCCGCUGGACUCGAGUUUGUUCGACUCUUCUUCUUUGUCGUGUCCUUUCUUCCUUUCUAUCGCUUCUCUCUUGUCGUUCUUCCUCCUCAGACGCCGGCCCCGUGAUGAGUCCAGACGACGGUUAGAUAACGGGGAAUCGCAUUUAGAUAAGAAGCGCGGAAGAGACCAUUGGAAAUGUUCGAAUCCGGGCGGAGGUUCCCCAUUAAGCAGAACCCUUGGUUCCGUGCCCCGCCGCGCCGCCACCCUGGCACGUGCGCCGACCCCGAUAACUUCCAUAUAAGAAAUGUCGCCGCAAUUAAAUCGGGCUGCUGCUUUUACUCUUCGUUCAGUGUCUGGUCUUCCCGUCUUUCCUCGAGGUAAUCGUAACCACGAAGUUCGUGUCCUUGUCGAUCGUUUCUUUUAGAGAAUUGAAAUUAACGCGGGAGUUUGGUAAAUUUGGAUCACGAAAAGGUUCGAGAUGCGGAGUAUUGGUUGACUACGGAUGUCGACUUUUACAAUCCUCUUACGGUCUUUAUAAAGUAUAGCAACGAAGUUUCUAGUCGAGAUGACUGUAGGCAGUAGUUGGACAAAUCGAGAAUCUAUGUGAGAUACUCGCAUUUCGCUAUAGUUGAAGACGAAGCGCCACGAUUUGGAAGAACUUGUUAUGGAAGAACUCGCAGUGGAAAAUUAAUGGAUUUCGUAUUUAACCUGUCGCUCCAAAUAUGGUCGUUAUCUUCUCCUAUAUCGACAGUUUUUCGAAUACCUGUACGACGUUUGUUUUCGAAACAUAUACGUACGUAGAAAAGGCAGAAAAAUUUGUCGAAGGUUCAAGGAUUUAAGGGAUGCAUGUAGCAUCGAUAGUACCCGUAUGCGAUGCAUUUUUCCUAAUUAGAUAAUAAUGGUGAAUUACGCGCCGCAGAGUCAAGGAGAUAAAGAACGAGCAUGCAGCUGCGUGCUUGAUCACGGUGCGACGCAUGUUCGAUAAUAAUCGCUCUUCGAAGGGUCUCCUAUGUCAGGCGCCAUUUUUUCGAUAAUAAUUCCCCGAUACUCGUUAGCGUCGUUCGUUUUCCUUGAAGAAAAUUAGCCAAAAAAUAAAAGUUACGAAUAUUAGUCUGUUAAACCGACUACGGAAUAAAUGUUUGGAAAUCUGCCGAUUUGUAGCUAAUUGGACAUCUUACUCGUUACGUCGCUCAUCGACUUCAACUGUCUCAGUAAAUUUAAUUAAUCUUUACAAUUAUAUGUUAUAAA